AUUCAUGACGUAAAAAAAAAAAAGCAGAUAUUUUGGAUGAAUGGAUUUAACAAACACAGGAAAACAUUUGCCACGCUUUGUGAUCAGAUGUAAUCAUCUUGUUUAUUUAAUAUGGAGGAAAACUCUGUUCUACUCGUCCUUUCUACGAACGGCGGAUAUCCUAUAGACUUUUUUCUUGUCUACAUACUUUAGCAUCGUCUAUCUUCUGCUGCUGAAAGCAACGUUUCGGCUGUGGCAAAGUGCUCAGUGCCUAUUGGAUAGAAUUUUACAGUCUAAUCAGAAAAUAACCGACAGUCCUUCUGUUUAACAGUUUCAUGCUCCAGCUCUGCUAGGAUUUUUUCUAGCAGCGUUAAACAAGCAAUUUUCUCACUGAAGGAAAAGACUCAGAACUUACAGUUCCUUCCUGCAGGACUAUGGCGUUCUAAGGACAGAUUCUGACCAAGCAAGUGAGAAUGCCAGAUAAAAAGACCUUCUUUAUAUUGGUGUUCACUGUUGCAUUCUUCAUUUCCUGGUUUCAGUAUAUGCACAAGCACGUCAUCCCAAAGGUAUUGACGUACCGUUCAUCUUUACGUCCUUAUCUUCCCACCAAGGAGAUCAUUAGGAACAUGAAAGACGCUGAAUUGGAGGAACUGUACUACACCUACGUGGUAAACGUAGACGUGUUAUGCACCAACAGGAUUCGUCUGGGUAACACUGGCGACGGCGGUUGGGAUGUCUGUGACGACAUAGAGCACCGUCCCCAAUCACCAUGUUUGGUGUAUUCGUUCGGGAUCAACCACGACUUCAGUUUUGACGAUGCGGUCAGCGAUAAAUACGGGUGCGAGGUUCACUCCUUCGACCCGAGCAUGGGACAAAAUGAUCACAAGCACUCAGACCGGGUGUUUUUCCAUAAUCUUGGGAUAAGCGACCAAGACUUCGUCAACGACAAAGCCUGGACAAUGAGAACACUGACGUCUAUCAAGAAGCAGCUAAACCACACUAAGAUCAAUAUCCUCAAAAUGGACAUCGAGCUAGACGAGUUUAAGGCCCUGCCGAACAUCAUCGCGUCAGACGAGCUGAAGGAUGUCGAUCAGCUGCUCUUUGAAAUCCACUACAAUUCUCACAAUGACCAGGCGACGAUCAUAGACUUAAUGGCGCGAGGUCUGGAACUGCUGCGUGACCUGCGGAACCUUGGCUUCUAUGUCUUUUACUCUCACCCGAACCAGUAUAAUUAUAUUACGAGUAAGAUAUCUGGACUUCGACGUACGACCUGUAACGAACUGCACAUGCUGAAUGUUAAUCAAAACAGAAAGUAGUGUCAGGAAAGUAUUUGGUAAAUACUCUUGGGGAAAGUAGGCAGGAAAGCGUAUAGGAAUCAAAUAAUUGAUGGGAAGCAUUUGUAUUUGUGUGCAGUAAUGCGUACAGGCACAGAACAUGUACAUAUCUUUGCACAUACACAUGAUAAUGGGACGAUCGCACUUCUAACAACCGAAACCACUAUUGCUUUUACUGUAGUCGAGUUUGUCAACGUCUGUUUUUCUCAGGACUACACUUAAUUUUAGCAGUUAAAGACUUCUUUAUUGCUUUUGAUUUUCAUGUAAUAAAGUUGCUUAAUCUGAAA